AAAAAAAACAAAUCCCUAAUUUUUCGCCGGCGAGAUAUGCCUAGACGACGGCGGCUGAGACUCCAACACUACUCCGACGAAGAAGUAGAAGAAGGAGAAGAUGAAACUGGAACAAGCGGAAUCGGAGAUUCUGCUCAGAGCAUUGGCCGUGAUCCUUCAAUUCAACCAGAAAGCUCCUCAGCUUCGACUUUAAACCCUAAUCCUCCAGAAAUUGAGAUUAUCGACGUCUCCGGCGAUCCCUCUCCGGUUGAUAAUGAUUACGACUCUCCGAUCGCUGAGGCUCUGAUGCGAAAGGGGAUUAAGCUGAAAACAGAGUGGUGGGUCUCUUGUCUUUCUCACCUUGAAGUCUCAGUUCAAGAGUUCUCUCGCCUCGAGGUUGAAGCGAAAGCUAAGCAUUGCUUUGAACAGUUUCUGUUUAGCGAUAUGAAUCUAAUGGGAGGUGGGGUGCUUCCUCGGAACGUUGCGUCUUUGAUUCUUGAAGAACUCGCUGGUCCGUUUGUUUUGCAGGUUGAUGAGAUUGUUAACAUUGGGUGUUCACUCAAAGGGAGGUAUGAGAACGCUAAUGCGGGGCUUAAGAGGUGUUUGAAGCUGUCUAUGACGGAUGGUUUUCAACGUGUUUUUGGUAUGGAGUAUAGACCUAUUAAAGAUUUGCAAGUCUUGGCUCCUGCUGGUUUAAAGAUUGUUGUAUCUAACGUACAAGUUAGGCAUGGGCUUUUAAUGCUAGUACCUGAGACGAUACAAGUUUUAGGAGGGAUGGUUGAAGAAUUGGAAGAAGCACGAAAACGUCUUGUUAUUGAAGUGAACAAACCUCCGAGAGGAUUAAGAACAAGGAGCAGAGGUGUUGCUUCGUUGGCAACCAGAGCAAGUCGAGCUGCGUGGUCGCCAAAUGACACUGAUACUGGUAAUCAAGCUAACAAUUCUACCUCGGGAAAUGCUAGUCACGUUCAGACCAGUGUUCAAGGCAAUUCUGUGAAUGUAACAAGAACUCAUAUCAGUCCACGGACGAUGAGUAAUCCUCCUGCUUCCAUCAAUGUGGAAGCUACUGUUUCAAGGGUUGAGCAUAUGCAGAUUGAUACGGCUGCUACCCACGGGGAAAGAACGUUCUCUGGUUUGCAUUCGACUUCUAGUAACAUUCACAUGACAGCAUCCACACCUCGUACUAGCUGUAAUGGUACAAGACCUUUGUACAACAACGGCUGCGAAAAUACCUUGGAUCAACAAGCAUCCAACGUAACUUCAUUUGUCGAAGAAAUGCACAUCGACAAUGAUGUUGUGAGGGAUACAACGGGGGCUGUACAUGGUUCAGGUUCAGGCGCUGAAGCUGAUGAUGAAGUCAGUAAUAUGGUUGUCGAUUUGGAAACCCCCUCUGUGAUGUCUACAAAUCCGGAGACGCCUUUCACCUACUUGGCCGAGAUGGAUCAAAAGUGGGCACUAAUGAAAGAUACCAUGCCCUUUGUUCGAGGAAGGAUUAAGUGCUUUCUAACCGGAGUGAAGAAGUUCCAGUUCAAGCAACAGUCUACUUUUGAGCUUAUAUGCUACGUCGAUGAUGGUAGUCUCAUAUGUGAGAUCUUACUCCAUAAUGACGUUGUACAAAGAAGGAUAGGUCAUUCAUCCAUGGAGGUCACAGCUGCGCUUUCCUCUUCAGCACCACCAAAAGAAAAUGCCAUGAUGAAGGAGAAACUAAAAGGCUUUCAGUUGUUUCUAGCUGACUUUGAGGGAAUGAUAGUGGUAGAAAUGAAUAAAUCGUCGCAAUAUCCAGUAGCUAUUGAAAUGAAGCAGGGAUGUUCAUCAACCGAUGCUCGGUUACUCUUUGAAAGAAUCAAAUCUUCUGCAACAGCAUCCUCACGCAUAGCUCCUCAAGUUGUUGUUUUAUCUCCUUGAUCAAGUAGUCAAACUUAAGCUUGUGAAGCAGUCAGGGAUUUUAGUGACUUGACCUCAUAUACCGGUUCAACAAAAUCGGGUAAUUUUAGUUUUGGUAACUUACUAAACCG